CUGUGCAGCCGCUGGAAGUCAGUGGCUGCGUGACGUCUUUUCCGGCUGAGCUCACGCAGACGGCGAACAGUUUUGUGCAGAGUCUGAGCGUCGUGAACGCAACCAAGAAGUUAGUAGCACCAGCCGGAAGUAAGUUGUUGCUAGCUUUUAAGACAGCACUCCGUGAGCCACCAGUGUUUUCCAGGACAGCGUUUCCCACAUUGAGUUGUUUCUGCCAGUAAAAACGAUAAAAACCAAAUUUCCCAGCAGCCCCUUGAACAGGAAGGAUAUUUGGCCAAAUUUUAUUAUCGUGUGGCGCUUUAGUUUUGUAUUGGUUUUUAACCUGCAGCCAAGGAAAGGAAAGGAAAGCCUUGCGGGGUAAAAGCACGCGUGGUUGAAGAAGCAGCAUGUCUCCACCGAGUGGGAAGAUCAACAGACCAAAAACUGAGCUUGGAAAAAACCUCUUCAAAAGACGACGAGUUUUGAAAAAAAACAAGAGGAAGCAGCAUAAAAUUGUGGGGGCGAUUGUGGAUAAAGAGUUAAUCACCAUCCAUCAUCUUAAGAAAAGAUGCUCCAGUGCUCGAGCUAACAUCACGCUAUCUGGAAAGAAGAAACAGAAGCUGAAAAAGCAGUUACGACACAUGCAGCAGGAGAAAGCUGCAAUGGACGUUGAGGUAGCACCCAAAGUGAGGAAGCAGAUCAGUUCUGUAAAGAAAGUGAAUGUAGCCUCUACAAGAGAAGAAAAGAAGAUUAAGACACCGCAGGAUGUAGAAAUGAAUGAAGACAUGGACUGAAUAUAUGAACUGAUUAAGGGACAUUGCCACCCACGUUACUAUCUCUCUGAAGAGACGGGAUCUCCAUAUCUAUCCACCCAGAGAGACUAUGCCUUUACAUACUUCUCAAUCAAAAAAUGCAUUUUCUGAAAGAAGAAAAUAAUAAAUAAUUACGUUCA